AUGAUCGCCAGCCCAGACGCCAUCAAAGCCGCAAUUUCAAUUUCAGAAAAGGACCUCCGCUUAGCGCGGAGACCGCCCCCACCCCCACCAGAAAUCGAACUCGAGGGCGACGGUGGCAGCCUCGUCGCGGACCCCAUCACCAACGACGACGUCCUCCCGCACGCCCUCGCCGCUCGGUUCUUCCUCUCGCCGCCCGCGACGUUCCUGUACUCGGCCUUUCGGCUGAAGCACCACCCGCUCAACACCACCACGCCCGAGAUCUGCGUCGUCGGCGCCAGCAACUGCGGGAAAUCGUCCUUUAUCAACGCCCUCACCGGUGCGGCGUCGCUCGCCAAAGUGAGCGACCGCGCGGGCAAGACCGUCUCCAUGAAUGCCUACGGCGUGGGACCCCUGACGGGCCUUCCUUUCCGUAAACCAGUCGCCUCCCCUUCUUCUUCUUCUUCCUCGUCCGAGGGCGGCGGCGUCACAAAGGAAGAAAAACCAGAACACGGCAUAAUCCUUGUCGACACCCCAGGCUACGGCUACGCCUCUCACGAAGAAUGGGGCCGCGAAAUCGUCGAAUACAUCAACAAACGCACCAUGCUUCGCGGCAUCGUCCUCCUCCUCUCCUCCGAGAAAAAAGUCUCCGAGAAGGACGCGCAAAUCAUUAAACUUCUCGCCGACGCCGGUCGGCCCGUGAUGCUCGUCUUCACCAAAAUGGAUAAAGCGCUCUCCCGCAAGGCGCGCGAGGAAGGCGGCAUCGCGCAGCGGUUACGUGAGGCGGAGCGGUGCUUCGCGAGGACGGGUUGGGAUGGGUGGGUGAAGAGGGUGUACAUCACCGCGGCGCGGAUGGAGCGCGAUAAGAGCUGGAAGGUGGACGAGGGCACGAGGAGUGGUGCGGCGGGGAUGGCGGGCGUGAGGAUGGGGGUUCUCGAGUUGGCGGGCGUGAGGGAGUUUAUUGCGCCGGAAAAAGCCAGCAAGAUGGUCGCUCAGCGGAGGGCGUCGCAAAAGUCGCAAAAGACACAACAGAAGGGAGGAGGAGAGGAGGAGGAAAAGAGGUUGGAGCCGGGUAAGGCUUUGGAGAGUGAUCCGGCGGCGUGGUCUGGAGAUGUGGUCUCGUUUGAGGAGCUGGAGAAGAAGUUUGGAGACUGGAGUUCGUGA